AUGGAUUUCCGCAACAUCCUCGUGGUGGCCUCGGAGCAGCAGGGGCUCAACGCGGUGCCGAAAAGAUACAGUUUGGCUGUUGGUCCUCCCAAAAAGGUUCCAAAAGUCAAGGGUGUGGAGUCUGCAGCAGUGCAAGCAUUUCUCAGACGGAAAGAAGAAGAAAAAAGGAAAAAAGCAUUGGAAGAAAAAAGAAAGAAGGAAGAACUCCUGGCUAAGCGCAUUGAACUGAAACAUGACAGAAAGGCCAGGGCUAUGGCCUCGCGAACCAAGGACAACUUCUAUGGCUAUAAUGGCAUUCCGGUGGAAGAGAAGCCUCGGAAGAGGAGGACUUCUGAGAACGUUGCUCAGGUUGCAGAGGCUGAGUACACAACAGAGGAUGAAACUGAGCAGCCUGAGUACAGUCAGACUGAAUCGGAGCACGAGCAAGAGGAGUAUGAAGAGAAACCAGCCAAAGCUGCAGUGAAACCAAAGGCACCUCCCAAAAGUGCACCAGCACCUCUGAACUUCACGGAUCUUCUAAGGCUUGCUGAAAAAAAACAGUAUGAACCAGUGGAAAUCAAAGUAGUGAAGAAGAUAGAGGAGAGACCCAGGACAGCAGAGGAAUUGAGAGAGAGGGAAUACUUGGAGCGCAAACACAAAAGACCAGAAAUGCAGAAAGACAAAAGGAAAAGUGAGAAAGAGAUUAGGAACCCAGGUGUAUCCAGUUCUUCAAAAAAAGUGACUGCUCAGAAAGAAUCUAUAAAUGCAAAACUUGGCAAAAGCUCCUUGGAUAAACAUUCCUCUCUAAAAGGCAGUSUGUCCUCUGUGAGCAGUGGUGAUAAGAAAGCCAAAGCACCAGCACUGACUGAAAAACACUCGCGGUUGUCGUCCUCUUCCAAACUCAGUCACACAGAGAAAGUUAAAACCUCACAAAACGGCUCCUUAAAAAGCUCAGCUGGCAGCACUCAGAGCAAGUCAUCCCUCAACGGUGCAGGGAAGCCGGGCUCGGGCACCCACRCGCCCCCCUCGAAAGCAGCGGCCCACGGGGCUCAGCGGCUGCCCGCCGCCAAAGAAGCGGCGCCGAAGAAAGCGGCGCCGGCCAAGCCGGGCGCUGCCGCGCUGCGGCACGACGCGAGCGCYGGCGCCAAGCGCGCGGGCAGCAGCCUGGGCAAGGGAGGGCCCGGCCACCCAGCCGGCGGCAGCUCCAGCGCGGGACUGGGGCGAGCGGGCGGCAGCCUGGGCAGCGGCCCCGGCAGGCCCGGCGUGGGCACGGCCGCGGGACUCGGCAGGGCCGGUAGCGGCCCGGGAAGGCCCGGAGCUGGUGUUGGCACCAACGCAGGGCCCGGGCGACCCGGCAGCGGCCUGGCUGCGGGGCCGGGCAGGCCGGGCGUCAGCCCCGGUGCGGGGCCCGGGCGACCCAGYGGCGCCUUGGGCCCAGCUCUGAAACCCAAGUGUACUGUGGUGUCGGAGACCAUUUCUUCUAAAAAUCUCGUCCCAAGGCCUAGCAACGGGCACAUGAAUGGAGCACGACCUUUUCAAGGGCACAGACCAGGCCUUCAUCCACAAGGUCUUGGAAGACCUUCUCUCCCCCCAGUUAGUUACAAAAGGCAGAUAGAAGAUGAUGAUGAUGAUGAUGAUGAUGAAUAUGACUCUGAAAUGGAUGAUUUCAUUGAAGAUGAAGGAGAACCCCAAGAAGAAAUAUCAAAGCAUAUUCGGGAGAUAUUUGGAUAUGACCGGAAAAGAUACAAAGAUGAAAGUGAUUAUGCCUUACGUUACAUGGAGAGCAGCUGGAGAGAGCAACAGAAAGAAGAAGCUAGGAGCUUGAGGCUUGGUGUUCAGGAGGACUUAGAAGAAUUGAAACGGGAAGAAGAGGAAUUGAAACGCAAGAGACAGUCGAAGAAGUUGAGGACACGUUAACUGACUUAAAAUGGUUUUGAUUUUGUUCAUUUUUCUGCCACCCUCUGCCUCCAUACAUCUCUUACUCUAUUUCAGUUUCCAUUUGCUUGUUAGAGGGCAAAAGAAAAGUGUAAAGGGAUGAAAAUACUGAAAAGCAAGGCUUUAGUGUAACCUAAAGA